ACGAUCAGUUUAGGCGUAUCUUCUGGUUCGAGAUAUUAGACAUUGAUACAUGAUGGCAUUCAAAGCGGUAUUGAUGUUGGGCGUUCUGUGCUUGGCACAGCAGUCACUGGCAACUGACUUCCAUUUCAGCACUUCGUACGUCAGGAAAGCUUUGGGAUUAGUUACAAAUUAUCUACCGGGUCACUACAAUGACUUUAACCCGCACCCAACACCACGUGGUGAAAGAGCUUUAUGUCCACUAGGAGAUGAAUCUUGUUUUUCGUAUGAUCCGGAUUCGGGAAUUGGUCCUCAGUGUUGGUUCAAGAUUGAUUUUCCCCUUAAUAAAUGUUGUGACGAACGAAACUCAUUCCAGUCGCCAAUCGACAUACCAGUUAGCCACCGCACGUAUCGUGUCAGGAACAAGUUGAGAUAUAGACGCAACCAUAUUAAGGGAAAAGUAGAAAAUAAUGGUUUGUACCCCAAAUUUAAACCCGAGGAUGGGAACAUCAAGCUGUAUGGCGUGCCUAAAAGCCGUCGAUCGUACAUCUUGGACAAUGUUCACAUCCAUUUUGGUCCACGUGGAGACGACAGACAAACUGAACAUACAAUUGGUGGCAAAAACUUUGACGCAGAGGCUCACAUUGUCCACCAUCGUUCCGAUUUUAAAAAUUUGGCAGAAGCUAGUGCACACCCGGGUGGUAUUGUAGUUGUGGCGAUUUUGUUCUCGACAGAAGACGGUUCAAAAAGUCCAGCAUUUGAACAGAUAUUCAGCCAACUGGACGAGGUUACAGAGUUCGAUAACGAAGAAAAUGUUUGUUUCUUGGAGAAUAUAUUGACCUUUAUUAGAAGAGUAUUUAACCUCGAAGAAGAUGGUAGAUGUAGAUCAGCGGUGACACCAAAGUUUCCUGACCCUCCUUCAGGAAAAAGAGUACCCGGGGACUGUUUGUUGCAUACUAAAGAGUCCAGCUGUGGAAAACAUGCAGAAAAGAUUUAUUUAAACCCAAAUGAGCUGUUAUCUGAAUCCGCUAUAUACUAUUAUUAUGAGGGUUCUCUAACAUCUCCAACUUGUACUGAAGCUGUCACCUGGUUAGUUGCAGAAGAACCAACCAGAAUAAGCGACGAAACGUUGAACUCUUUAGCUGCAUUGGAAUCAAGAUUUACCGGAGACCUUAUUUCAGAUAAAGGAAACCUGCGACCAACACAAUCACUAGCAGGACGUAAAGUAAAGAAAUUGAGAUUCCGGAAAAGAAAAUACAAUAAUCGUCGUGAUGACUAACCUCUGUACACCCUAAUCUAGAUUUAAGAAAUGGACGGCUUAAAGAUGCAUUAUAUAAAAUUUAGAUAAAGAUGACAGUUCUCGCUAUAAUAUUUAAAAAAAAGAUAAUGAAGUUAUCGUCCCUGGAAGACCAGUGUAGCCUCGUUUGUCAUUGCUACCGUUGUUACAAUAAUAAGAAAAUUGUUUCGAUUAUCCAUACCGAUCGUAUAUAAAUCUGUUUAAAAUCAAAACCACCCGAAGUUCUAGAGAGUUGCUGAUGGACCUGACAUGUAAACAAAUGUCUAAUUAAUAGGUUAUUUAACAUUUGAGACCAUUAGGCAGAUUUAGCGCUUGAAUAAUGCAUCUUUAAACGUCCAACAUUUCGACAUUUUACCUUAAUAGACGGAAAGGGAUAACGUUUUAUCUCGAAUAAAUAUCAACAGAAACAAAGGAGGUUUGGUUCAAUGAUACAUAUACGACAACUUUAUACAUAAAUUCGGCCCAUAUGGCAGCCUCCAGGGCGUUUAUUACAGCGAUAUCUCGUAGCCAGUGUGUUUUAGUGCUGGGACAAUAAAUAAUUGCUUUUUAAAUUCUUCAAACAUAAGGUGAUUGUAAAAGCGAUAUGUGCCGAAAUAAACGAGUUUGACUAAAAUAAAUGUUGGUUUU